UAUGAUUGUUUGUGGGGGACGUAUAUAUGUUAAUCUUGGGUGAAUUGAUGGUAAAAGCGGACAGGACAGACCAGGACGUUACCUAAUUGACGAUUUGAUUAGAGUAUUAGGAUCGAGUCAUAAACAAAAGGUACUGGCAUUUAUACAAGAUGAUAUUUCCAAUAAUCAUGAUCGCCUUGGCAACAACAGCGGUAUCGCAGCAUCCCAUUCAAACGUUGACAAAUGAGAGUUCAUUAUCAACUGCGAUGGAUUCAGAAGAAGAUGAUCUGGAUGCUUAUACAGACAGCGAACCUGUUACCGAUGUGGAGUCAGAAAAUAUCUGCAAGAGAGUUGUAAUAUCCAAUAUAACAAGAUUUAUAACAUUCAGGGUUGAAACGAGAAAAAAAUGUCAGAAUUCGUCGGAGGAUUGUAACAAAGACGGAUACAAGUGGGUAAGAUCAGUAAGAUACAGGAACUUGACUGUAACAGAGAGGAGGUCAGAACACGUUUGUUGUGAUGGCUUCAAAAACGAGAGUGGGAAGUGCAUCAAAGAACUUUCCACUGCCAUAUCAAACAAAACUUCGGGUAUCAUGGAAAGGGAGAUAACACAGAAACUAACAAUUCUAAUGAUAGUACUUUCGGUAGUGGGAGCAGUUGUGUUGAUAACUGUCAUUGUCGUAAUCUUCAAACUGGAAUGUUUAAAGAAAAGGCCAAGUGAAAGACAAGCAUAUGCACAUGAUAAUCCAGUUUAUGAUAGCACAGUUGGUCAAUCCCACGUCGACGUGGACAACAUGAACACGAAUCACGAACAGCCGAACCCUGACGUAAUUGCGGACGCUAACACCUGUAUGAAAUCAUGUCAGGUUGGCGAUUAAUGAUGACGUCAACAAUAUGUUCUCCAGCGUCGACUGAAGCACGUCAGGAAGAAAAUAUAUCCAAAUGGUUUACUGCAUCCAUCUUGAAAAAACCCACUUUACACCUCGAUGGGUUAUGCAAUAUCAGUGAAAUGAAAAUGCAAUAACCAUGAGGGCUGAUACGUUAAGUACUUCUUAAUAUCAUUUCAAAUUCAAUCAUUUUUAUCGCUGAAUCAGACAUUUUGUCAUACUACUGGUAUAUUACAUCUUUUACUUCAACCGUUGUAGGAUACAUGAUAUUAAGAAGCCCUCAAAAGGCUUGUUAUUCGACGAUAAAACACUCAAAACAUCAAGAAACGAUGGAAUGAGAUACGUGUAUGAGUGAGUAAUAAGGACCUUUUGUACAUGGUUGAUGUCAUGGCACUCUUACACAAUCAGCAAUAUGAUGAGGAAUACAAGAUCAUGAUAAAACAAUUUAUAGAAGCGUUUGCUAAAAUUCAGUAUUGCAUUUUUCUGUGGGUAUUUAGAAACAUAUUGCAGUAUAUUUGCCAACUUUCAAAAAUAUGGAAGGAUCAAGAGUUAAACUUUAUAUCUUUUUCACAUGAUUUACAAAAUCUACCAGCUUCCAUGUUUCACUUUUGGGGGAGGGGGUACGCUAUCCACUUAAACACCAUCACAUAUGAAAGAAGAGGCAGGGAGAUGAAGAAACUACGAGUUUUCCCAAAGGAUUUUGAAAAUUGAAAAAAACCCAUCCCUAUUGUCAAGUUUUGUAAAAGGACUUCGUUUUCGUCGUCUGCUGGUAUUUGAUGCCUGAUCUCAUUGUUAGCUUUUCUGAACGAACGUUAAAUCUAGUUAUGUAUUACAGUUGCAUAAUUGAUAUGACAAUGUUCCCUGUAUCAGAUCAUUGGAUAGUAAUACUGAAGAGUCACAGAAAUCUACAGUGUGGUAUCAGCUUUAUGUCAUAUUAAACCGUUACUUAUCAUGUAUUUAUCAUAUGGUUUAUUGAUUAUAGACUCAUGAUUGUGUACAAUCCUUGUUUGCUUCCUGUUAGUUGAAUGAAUGGUUUUGAAGAUCGGUCACGGUUUUGGAUACAUGUACGUAUGCGAGUGUGGCAAUUGUGAGGUUUUACGUCCUCGCGUAAGUCAGGGUGAUAUGAGGACGGAUCUCUAGGGUAGACAAAGCUGGGAAGUCCCCUUUGUGGAAGCUACAAGAAACCCUUGGAUUCUGAAUAGGGCCCAUCAUUAGUCGCCUUUUCGAUACACAUGCAAAGGGAUGCAACAGGUCUAUUCAAUUGCCCCUAAAUAGAAGACAAGGAAGAAACCAUACUCGAUUCUACUGGGGUGGAAUUUUGUGUGUUUGAGGGUGAUGUAUGAUAUAUUAUAUGCCUUACCUAUUGUUUCUAAUAUGUAUGUGUGUACUGCCAAGGUAUGUUCCAUGUGUGUGUGGUUAGUAUACUUUGUCAAAGUGUGAAACUGAGUUAAGCAUGUUAUUUGUCCGUUAACGUAAUGUAUCGUCUUCGUACAUUUGGUCAAUUGUGUUGUGACAAUAUAUCGGAAAAAAUGAAUAAAAAGUAUAUCUUGUUAAUAAAACUAUCACUCCAUAACGUUUAAUACGCAACAUGUAUGUUUUCACUCUGAUACAACAAAGUUACGAUACGAUGAUAUAACAUGUAAUUAAUUGUGAGAGGCAAAACGAAUUUUUAAUAUAAAAAAUAUGUCCAACUCUUAAAUUGCAUCUGUCCUUUCUGGAUCACGCUGAGUUUUUGUCAUAACAAUUUUCCUCUUUAAAAAAAAACCCCCAUCAGAAUCGAGAUACUUUACCUACGUCUACUAAAGAUGCUUACAUACUAGCGACUAUUUUACGUUGUGAUCAACUCUGCUUUGGACUAUAAGACAUCACUCAUCUCUCUCUCUAUAUAUAAACAGUGCAAAACAUAAAUUAGCUGUAUCACUUACGACUAAUAAAGAAAUUGA